UGUUGAAAAAAAAAUAAAAAUAAAACAGAAAAACAGCUCGGUCCGAUCAUCAUUUGGCCACGACGAUUGACUCGAUCUCAGCCAACGAUUGAUUGUUCUUCAAGAUAGCUCGGUUUCGUUCUCUGCCUCUCUUUACCGCCAGCUCUCCCCUCCAUUGUAAUCCUUGAAAUCGCUUCGUAAAUUCGAUACAUAGUCUAGUACACCCGACCAACGACUAAUCGAGCUGAAGACAAGUUGACCAUCGAUCAACUCAACACACACACACACAUUCACAUUCAACACUCGAUUACCAUCUAGAAACAACAGCAGUCUUUGUUUUCAAACCAAAGAUUGAAAGACCAAGAAGAUGAGUCAAGUUCGAAGCUAUCCGCCAUCAACGAUCACCGAUCACUCGGUCGCUGUUUACAAGAAAUCGAUUCCUGAUGCCGGGCACCACUAUCAGCCACUUAACCAUCAAAACCAAAAGGAACACCGCUCCAUGAUGACCAUCCGCGGUGGACCACCCUUGUCCAAUACCCGAACCAGUUUACCUCAGAUUCAGUCCAAAUUUGACCUCGAACCCAAUCCAUUCGAACAGUCCUUCAAGGAUAAUCCCACCGAAUCCGCACAUCACCCUCAGCCCAAUACCAACUCACCUUCGCUAGACCAUCUCCUCAACGGAUCUCGAUCUCGCAAAGCACGCUCAUCCUCACCACCUCACUUUUCAUCUGAAAACCGCCUCAGUCCUCCCGUCAUUCGCCACACUCCCGGCGGCAGUGUUGUCAAGGUGUCCCUUCCAGGAAUCAACUCGAUUGCCUCGCCCGCCAUUUUGGUCCAUCAUACCGGCACGAGCACCCCAAAGUCACUCAGCCCGCCAACUCUCUCGACCUCUCAUUCUGCUCAAUCUUCCCUUCCAGUCUCUAUGCCACCAUACAACUGGAACUUUGGCGGACUAGGCGAUUCCUUAAGGGCUGGUCCACUAUCUCCUGCCCUACUUAACGGCCCGGCUCCUGCACGAGCCGGAAACCCAGUCUCUCAUACCGGCCUUACUCCUUUGAUUGAUAUCGACAAUAACAACAAUGGUAAUGGAACCAUCACCCCUGGUACUCAAGCAUUGAUUGCUCUACUAUCAGGUGACGACCAAAACACAAACGAUAUCCCGAACGCGGUUGGUCAGCCCUCCAUAUCCUCCUCCGAAGUUGGCUCAUCCAACCCUACAGAUUCCAAUUCACACAAUCCAGUCAACCCUCCUCUGAAUCCAGCCAAUCUAGUCGAUCAAAACACUAGAUCCACUUCAAGCACAAAAGCUCCGUCCAAUCCUGAAUCUUCCAGUUCUCCUAGUCACAGGUCUGCAGGUCCUUCACUCAACCCAAUUGAUUCAACUUCUCAAGCAAUAUCUUCGACUUUGCAAGACCAUUCGCAAUCAUCGACGUCGACAAAUCACUCUCCAUCUUCAUCCUCCCCUCAAACGCAAGACCAAAACCAAACUAUUCAAGCCACAACUUGUUCCAGAAUGGCCCCCGUUUCAGUGGUUUCAGUUAAUGAUUCAAGUACUUCGUCUCCCUCAAGUUCUGCUCACCCCAAAAGAGAGUCCUCUUCAAAUUCUUGCAUCCAAUCGUCCAUGGCUACAUCUGUCGGUCCUUCGGGUGUGACAAGCCUUCAUUCUGUUUCCCCUCUCGGCUUGACGCAAUCAACGCUCUCUGCCAUUGGUCCAUACUCCUGCACUUCUACCACCUCCAGGACGUCAUUCCCACAGCCUUCGAUGCCUCUCGCCAUUCCACCAGUUCCUCCUAUUCAGUCGACUACCGAAAUCGUUACCCCCCUAUCCCCCAGUUCAACAACUAGGAAUCCAAUGAAUUCACUUUCAUCAGGUUCGGGUGACCGUAUCAAUGAUCAGUAUAACACGAAUCCCCUGUAUCUGCUGACUGUAGCCCAUGAAGCAUCUUCAAGAAUGUCUCAAUUAUCCAAUCAUCGUGACCCACAUCCUCACGAUACUAUGGAUGAUGCCACCGCUACUGCUGCAGCCGCACUCACAGGCCUCGGAAGCAGCGGCGGCAGCAGAUAUUCUUCGCCUGGGCCAACCAUCAAUCCAAACGGGACCAUGAAUACACAUUUGAUUAACAACAUUCACAACCCUCAGUCCUCACUUUUGAAGCAUGUCGACGAUGGCUCAUCAGCAACAAGUCCCAGGUUAUCCUCUCAGCGGCCUGGUACACUGUCCGACACGUCCUCCCUUCCACCUGGUGUGAUCCUCUGUUCAGACAGUCGAGUCAAUCUACUAUCAGCUCAUCAAGAUUCUCCUUUUGGACCCGAUGCAAGCGGCGUGCACAACAUCAAUGGCUUGUUGCCACCCCAAGCAAGCUCUUCAGGAUCUGGCUCUACUGGUCCUAUCUCAUUUCAACCGAGUUAUUCAAAUCACCCCUUAGGUUCGCUUGUUACCAUGAACAUGUCGACUAACAACAAUCCUCAACAAUCCUUCCCCCCUCUUGCAGCGUCAGCGUCCAAGAAGAAAGGUAAAAAGCGGAAAGAAAAUGCCCAGGCCGCCUUCGAAGAUUCCCAGAAGGCUGAGCUGCAAUCAUCACCAUCAAUAGCCGACUCUUCUGCACAACGUGGCACUAGUAAAGUUCCUCGAACCGGACGACCUACGCACAAGGCCAAGAAGUCGAAGAAGUCCAAGUCGGAUGACGUCAGUGGGGAUGAUUCUGACUCACGAGACGGCUACUGGGGAGCUGAAGAAGAUAAGGCAUACCUGAAGCACCAAGGCGGGGAUGAUGGAGAUUUCGGGGGCUACCCUGGACAUACUCAAAUGCCUGCAAACUAUGAUCCCGACCACCCGCCUCCAACAGCCCAACCCUCCGCUAGUGGAAAGCCUGAGACCGAGGAAGAGAAACGGAAGAACUUUCUGGAACGAAAUAGACAGGCUGCGUUGAAAUGCCGGCAGAGGAAGAAAGCUUGGCUUGCAAAUUUACAGACCAAGGUAGAAUAUUUGAGUACCGAGAACGAGAGUCUCCAACUAACGAUCAACCAACUCAGAGAGGAGAUCGACUCGUUCCGGAGCAUCCUCGUUUCACACAAGGAUUGUCCGAUUACCGUCGGUGGUGGGCGAGGAGCCUCGACGACGAUUGGCGAGCUGGUUGGGCGCGAGCCUGGGCUCGUCGCUGCCAGUGCCGCCGCUAUCCUUGCCCAGCAACACCACAACGGAACUCGCGCUGUCCUCCGUCACCCCCAAGCCCAGAACGCUAUCCAUCCAUCUGUAGUUGUCACUGGCACACUUGCUCCUAGUAAUGGCUCGAUUGCCCCAACCCAUCAUACCUCACAUGGCGCUGUCGCAUCUUCGUAUGGAUACUAAGCUCUCCGUGCUUCUCUCCUCUCUGUCAUUCACUGUCAUUCAACUAUCUUUUUUGGAUUAUUGGUUUUGUUUCGUUCUUUCUUUCCUUCUAUCGCUCCGCUGCAUUAUGUUCAUUUUUUUCUCAGCUCUUCAUUUUUUGAAAUCAUUUUGUGUGUAUGCAUGCGUUGCAUCAAAGACUUUGUGUUUUUUUUUUCUUCUUACUUGCCCAUACAUUACUCUUGAAAGCAUACAAUCUUAUGUUUUUUUUUGUUUCUUAAAUAUGCAUCUUCUCUGGGGGUGGAAGAGAGAGUGGGGGAGAGAGAGAGGUCUACUCCGCCCCACUUUCAUGUUAGUAGAUCUAGAAACUACACUCUUGGUUCAUCAGCUUCCAAUGCUGUUGUUUUCAUCCUUUUCUUUGAUAUAUCUCUUUUAAUUAUUUUCUUUGUUGCAUACAUUUAUUCCCUUUUUUUUGCAUAACUCUUUCAUCAUUUUUUUCAUCCUGUUUUUGUUUACUUUUUCCUUCUCCACAAAACAAUCAAUCAAUCAAUCAUACAUACACAUGCAGACAUAAAUAAAAACAUCACCAUACAUUUGCUUUUCUUUUUUUUU